AUGGACCUCCGCAGGGUCACGGCCGAGGACGAUGGAUCAUCCACGAUCGCUCCCACCUCGCCGCCCCUUAGGCGGCGUGUCUCAAUGGAGGAGGACCUUCACUAUCAGCGUGUCAUGACGAACCAACCUCGACCCUCCCAGCCGCCUCCGUACCAGCAAGAGCGAGAUCCGCCGUCGACAACAUCGGACGUCUCCCAACAUGGAGAUAUUCUGGGGAAGGAGAAGGAGCUCAAGACUGGCGGGGGCGGCCAAACUCAACUUCACCCGGAUACAGGAAAAGAAAAGCUUCCCGCCUACAACAAUUCAAUAUCAUUAGAGGGCGUCUUUGAUAAGAAACACGAAAUCGAAAACUUGAUAAAGAGGGCCGAAGAUCGUCAAUGGUAUCCCGUAUAUGUUUGUCUGAAUGGCACCGCGCUUAACAUCUAUGGCACCAAGAAGGCUUGGAGCUGGGGUAGGACGCGCGACGAUGGACCGUCUGUUAACCCAGAUAACCCUCCAUGGGUGAAGAAGGGCAAGCUUGAGAAGACGUAUAGUCUGCUGUAUGCGGAUGUUGGUAUCGCUGCCGACUAUAAGAAACGGCGAUAUACCAUCCGCGUUCGAGCCGAGACUGAUCAAUUUCUCUUGUGCUGUGUCGAAUUGAGCACGUUCAACAAAUGGCUCGAAGGUCUAUUUGCAGCCAUCGACAUCGCCCUACCAUUGGAAGACCGAGACUUUCCUCGCGAUAUGUCUAUACCCCGGAUACAACGAAUCCGUUGGUUUCACGGCCAGUCACCUACCGCUACGGCCAUCGACUUGUCGGAGCUAGGAAUUGAAACAGGCUCUGAAGAAAUAUCAGCGACAACAAGCGAGACUCGUUCAUCUUUACCUUUGGCUCCAGAAUCCCAAACCCGGCUUGAACCUGAAAUUGAGGUUGAAGGUGAUGAAGAAGAAGUGGUAGAACCUCCUCCUCCUCGGAUAGACCUUGCCCGACGACUCAGCACAACGUCAUACAACAAUAUGGGCAUCGACCCUGUCGACGGAAAAUGGAUACCAGAACAUCAGUGGUCGAGUGCUCACGAUUUGCUGUAUGCCAAGCUUUGUUACAGCAACCUUCUUUUCCGAAGUCCCCGCAAAACGCCAUACAUCAUCAAUAAGGGCAAAAAGUUUUAUGUUGAUUGGACGACUGGCCGAACUGUCAGGGUUCUACCGCCAGCCUAUGGUGAGAUCGACUACUUUGGUGCUUGGCAAACGGUUCAUACCGAAAACAGACUCAUCUAA